AUGAAGCAUUUAAUACAUGACGUAGAUGAAGACAUGAAUGAAACUACAGACAAACUUAACUCUUCUCUCAUUCUUCCUUUCAGUAAGGACUAUGAGUUCUGUUCAAAUGGCGUUUAUUUCUAUUGUGGAAAGAUGGGUUCAGGUAAGACAUUUAAUUUAAUUCGUCAUAUACUCAUAACAGAACGUUUAGGAAAUGACUCAUAUUAUGACCAAAUCAUUAUAUCAGCAACUUCAGACUCUAUGGACUCAACAGCGAAAACAUUUAUGUCAAAAGUUCAAGCCUCUGUCGUUAAAGUUCCAGACAGUGAACUCAUUGAAUUUCUUCAACGUUACAUUCGACGUAAGAGGAAAUAUUAUGCCAUCGUUGAAUUUAUACAGUCAGGAAUGCAAAAGACUUCUGAGGAGAUGGAAAGAAUUAUUGACAAACACCACUUACGUCAGUACUCAGGAGUUUAC